AUGCCAGACUUUGACGAUCUUUUGGAACACAUUGGGGAAUUUGACUUCUUCCAGAAAAGGGUCUUUUUUUUCAUUUGCUUCCUCUCAGCUGCCUUCGCCCCAGUCUAUGUAGGAGUUGUUUUCAUAGGGUUUAUACCAGAGCACCGUUGUCGGAGUCCGGGAGUUGCUGAAUUGAGCAGCCGGUGUGGCUGGACUCUUGAAGAGGAACUGAAUCACACAGUUCCGAAGGGAGCAACCAAAGAGGAUACGUUCACCCCUCAAUGCAUGAGAUACGAUGUCAACUGGAAUGAAAGUGGACUGAGCUGUACAAAUCCCCUGGAAGGCUUUGCCAGUCUGGAAAACAGGAGCCUCCUAGUGACUACCUGCCAAGACGGCUGGCUUUAUGAUGCUUCAAUCCAGUCCAUUGCGAGUGAGUUUAACUUGGUGUGUGGAGAUUCCUGGAAACUAGAUGUGUUUCAGUCAGCUGUGAAUGCUGGAUUUCUGAUUGGAUCUGUAUUCAUUGGCUACAUAACAGACAGAUUUGGACGGAAAACAAGCCUUUUAAUUGCUGUCUUGAUAACUGCAAUCUCUGGAAUACUUGUGGCCUUCUCACCAAACUACUUAUGGUCUGUGAUAUUUCGUUUCAUCCAAGGUCUGUUCAGCAAGGGCAGCUGGAUGGCAGGUUACAGUUUGCUUACAGAAAUUGUUGGCCCAAGCUACAGAAGGAUUGUGGCCAUUCUCUAUCAACUAGCAUAUAGUGGUGGCCUCCUCGCCCUCAAUGCUUUGGCUUAUGCAAUUCCCAGCUGGAGAUGGCUUCAACUUGCUGUUACUCUUCCAAUGUUCUUUCUCUUACUCUAUUACUGGUGCCUCCCUGAAUCACCGAGAUGGCUGAUCACUCAAGGACAGAAAGCCCGAGCUAUGAAACUUGUGGAUAAAAUUGCUAAAAAAAAUGGGAAACUCUUACCUGCCAUUUUUGAGAAUAUCAACCUUGAAGAACAUGUAGAAGACACAAAGUUUAGCCCUUCACUGCUGGACCUUGUGAGGACACCUCAGAUCAGGAAAUACACAUUAAUUUUGAUGUAUAACUGGUUCACAAGUGCCAUAAUGUACCAAGGGCUUAUUAUGCACAUAGGAGUCGCUGGUGGAAAUGUUUACCUGGAUUUUUUGUAUGCCACCCUUGUUGAAUUCCCAGCUGCCUUCAUCCUCAUCGUCACCAUAGAGCGUGUGGGCCGUCGUUAUCCCUGGGCAGCAUCUAAUCUGGUGGCCGGAAUCGCUUGCCUUGUUACAGCUUUCAGCCCAGAUGAUAUGCACGGAUUAAAGAUUAUUGCAGGUUGCUUUGGCAGAUUGGGAAUCACUAUGGCUUUUGAAAUGGUCUGCUUUGUCAAUGCUGAAUUGUAUCCAACAUUUCUCAGAAACCUUGGCUUGAUGGCAUGUUCUUCCUUGUGCGACUUUGGGGGAAUCAUAUCCCCAUUUAUCGUCUAUAGGUUGGCAGAAAUCUGGAGUGAGCUACCUCUUCUAGUCUUCACUGUCGUAGGAUUGAUAGCUGCUGGAUCAGUGUUGCUUUUGCCAGAGACCAAGGGGAGUUCUUUGCCUGAGACCAUUGAUGACAUAGAAAACUUCCACCAUGCUGGAUUAAACAGUCAAUCUUGAAGCAAAUUCAACUUUUAAUAAUUUUGAAAUAUGUAUGUUCAGCUGUGGCCCAUAAAAAGUCCAGAUCUAAUCACUAGCUAAUAAAAAUAUUAAAUUGUAAAGUCUUUCAUUGAGACAGGUACUUUACACAAACACACACAC